AUGGAAGAGAUACUGGAACUACAACGACGAUUAGAUGACCUUACACCAGCCCUAGCAGCAAAAGAAGCUCGCCUAGAUUUGAAUCUUGACUUAGAGAUACCAUUAUUAGUUAGCACCGUCACAAAGAAAGAGAAAAUUUGGUUGUCACUGCUAAGAAUAAUACAGCUUGCUAGCGAACGUGACGAUCUCAGCAGUAAGUUACGCACUCUUAACGAAACAGUUGCACAGCUCAAGCUUGAUCUUCGAGAGAAAGAACAUGUCGGUGACCUUUACACCGAAAAAAUCAAAAGUGUAAACGAGGAUGUUGAGCGAGCCAAGGACGAAGUUCUACACUUGAAGAACGAAUCCUUAAGAAGACAGCAAAAAGAGGACCAAUUAUUAGAAAAUCUAUUCACAUUACGGAAUCAACUUAGAGAGGCACAGUUGAAACACAACAAUGACAAGGCGCUGCAAGAAAAGAUAUCGGCUGAAAAUAGUAACUUGAUAGAGGAAAAUAGCCGCCUUAUGUCAGAGAUUACAAGGAUACGAACAAGUAUGGAGCGAGAAAGAGAGGAGCGAGAACACGAUAUCGAAGCUCAAGCACAUGGGGAAAUCGUUGAGCUACGACUCCACGUAAAGGCACACAAGACACAAAUCGGUAUUCUCGAAGAGAGACUUCAAGCGGCUAUUCAGAGAUGUGACCAGCUGAAUAAAGAGCUAGAAGUACACACUACCAGUGAAAGUGCUGCCAGAGAUGAACGCUUGCGGGUGCAAAGAGAACUUGAUGCCCUUCAAGCUCUCUCCAAGUCGUUGUCAUCCGAGAACAAAUCUUUACGAGAGGAUAAAGUGCUAUUAAUGGAAAAGGUGGAAGCAUUGGAGAAUUUAAUAGUUUCGAAGGAGAAUACUAUCGCUGAAAUGGAAGAUAUUCUAAUGGCCAAAGACAGGGACCGUGGAGAAGCCGUUCAACACACUACGGAAGAAAUAAUAAAGCGGCAGCAAAGGUCGUUAGAAUUUGAAGAGUUAUCCAGAUGUGUGAAGGAGUUGUCGGAAACAAUUGGCUAUCAUGACGGUCAACCGUCAAAGACCUUGUCGUCCGACUCCAGAAGAGAACAGUUUCCUUCCUCGACAGACACCUUUGGCUCAUUUCAUAGGCGUCUGUCAUCCAUUCCUGAAUCAAUGCAUCAACCUCAAUCUAUGCAGCAUUUUGAUCAAGCGCAACUGUCUUGCUUGACAUGUCCAACGAGCGAUGUCGUAGAGAUGACACGAGAUGCCAAAAAAGCUCUAACUAAGAAGCAACUAUGA